AGGGCCAGGGCGCAGGCGCAGUGGGAGCAGGGCCAGGGGCAGGCGGGAGGGUAAACAUGGACGUGGCCUAUGUGUGUGACUGGGAGAAGCGGCCGAAGAGUAAUUACUGCCCCAGUGUGUCGCUGGUGUGCGCCUGGUCCUGCAGAAACCUGGUGGCCUUCACCACCGACCUGAGGAAUGAGGAGGAGCGAGAUCUCACUUACAUGAUUCACAUCUUGGACACGGAGCACCCCUGGGAUGUUUAUUCCAUAAACUCAGGUCACCACGAGGUUAUUACCUGCCUGGAAUGGGACCAGUCUGGUUCUCGCCUGCUGUCGGCUGACGCUGAUGGGCAGGUCAGGUGUUGGAGUAUGACCGAUCACCUGGUGAACAGCUGGGACUGUACAACAGGAAGUUCUGUGGAUGGAGACCCGAUCGUAGCCUUGUCCUGGCUACACAAUGGCGUCAAAUUGGCUUUACACGUUGAAAAGGCUGGAGCCUCUAACUUUGGUGAGAAGUUUUCGCGGGUGAAGUUCUCUCCGUCUCUGACGCUGUUUGGGGGGAAGCCGAUGGAGGGCUGGAUCGCGGUGACCGUCAGUGGGCUAGUCACCGUCUCGUUGCUUAAACCCAACCGGCAGCUUCUCACGGCCAUCGAGAGCCUCUCCCGCCUGCGCAGUCGCGUCUCUGUCGCCGACAUUGCCUUCACCGGUGGCGGCAACAUUGUGGUGAGCACAUCUGAUGGCAGCAGCGCCUCGCCCGUGCAGUUCUACAAGGUGUGUGUGAGUGUGGUCAACGAGAAGUGCAAGAUCGACACCGAGCUGCUCCCCUCGCUCUUCAUGCGUUGCACGACAGACACGGCUCGGAAGGAGAAGUACCCAGCAGUCACACACCUCAAGUUCCUGACCCGAGAAACCUCUGAACAGGUCCUGCUCUGUGCGUCCAGUCUGACUGGCAGCAUUGUCGAAUGUUGGUCGUUGCGUAAAGAGGGUUUGCCAGUCAAUAACAUCUUCCAGCCGAUUUCCCCUGUGGGGGAUAAGCAGCCGAGUAUCCUGAAGUGGAGGAUUCUGUCUGCAACCAACGACUUGGACCGUGUGACAGCCGUGGGGUUACCUAAGCUUCCCAUCUCUCUGACUAGCACUGACCUGAAAGUGGCCACAGACACCAAGUUUUUCCCCGGUUUAGGCCUUGCUCUUGCUUUUCACGACGGCAGCAUCCACAUUGUGCACAGACUGUCCCUACAGACUAUGGGGGUUUUCUACAACACCUCGUCCCAGAGAGCCUCGGAUGAACAGAGCAUUAAGCGACAGCGCACCACUGCCUCCUCUGUUCACUUUAAGGCACUGCAGCUCUCCUGGACCUCACUGGCACUCGUGGGAAUCGACAACCACGGGAAGCUCAGUAUGCUGCGCAUCUCCCCGUCCAUGGGCCACACGCUGGACAUCAACACCUCCCUGCGACACCUGCUCUUCCUGCUGGAGUACUGCAUGGUGACCGGCUACGAUUGGUGGGACAUCCUGCUGCAUGUGCAGCCCAACAUGGUGCAGAAUCUGAUGGAGAAGCUGCACGAGGAAUACACGCGGCAGAACCAGGCGCUGCAGCAGGUGCUAUCCACUCGCAUUGUGGCCAUGAAAGCCUCUCUCUGUAAGCUCUCGCCCAACACCCUGGCCCGGGCCUGUGACUUCCACGCGAAGCUGCUGCUUAUCGCAAUCAGCUCCACCCUGAAAUCCCUCCUCCGUCCACACUUGCUCAACACACCAGACAAAAGCCCCGGAGAGAGACUGAGCGAGAUCUGUGCCAAAAACACAGACACAGAUAUUGAUAAAGUGAUGAUAAAUUUAAAGACUGAAGAGUUUGUGCUGGACGCUUGGGUGUUACAGUCAUUGCAGCAACUCAUACAAUGGGUCGGGGACUUUGUGCUGUACCUGCUCGCGAGCCUCCCCAACCAGGGCUCUCCUGUCCGCCCAGGCUUCAGCUUCCUCAGAGAUGGGACUUCGCUGGGAAUGCUCAGAGAACUGAUGGUGGUGAUUCGGAUAUGGGGUCUCCUGAAGCCUGGUUGUCUGCCAAUCUACACAGCUACCUCAGACACCCAGGAUAGCAUGUCCCUGCUCUUCCGAUUAUUAACUAAGCUCUGGCUGUGCUGUCGGGAUGAAAACCACAUGAGUGAGCCAGACGAUAACCUGAUUGACGAGUGCUGCCUCCUCCCCAGCCAACUCCUGGUGCCCAGCCUGGACUGGCUGCCAAUCAACGAUGGCAUCAUUAGCAAGUUACAGACCAAACAGCCGAUCAAGCUGCAGUUUGGAAAGUCAGUCAGUGUUGUCAGUCACUUUGCCACAUCACAGCUGGACAUCUUCGCAAGGUCCCCGGGAUAUCAGAAAAUAGACAAUUUGAGACGACUUAAUUUAGGUGUGUGCCCAACAGAAGAGACCAAAUCCUGCACCAGAUGUGGGUGCAAUACCAUGCUGAAGUCCCCAAACAAGUCCACGGCUGUGAAGCAAUGGGAGCAACGCUGGAUCAAGAACUGUCUGUGUGGAGGGCUGUGGCGCAAGGUGCCCGUUUGUCUGCAGUAGACGGGACAAGCCAUCGGGUGAAGAUGAUCUUUGGGAAACUAUUGAGCUGCUGGACUGAAGUGACCAUGUGACUAUUUAUUCCAAUGACACAUUUUUAUAUUUUUCUCUCUGAGUGAUUUGUUCGGCAGCCAUCGGGUCUCUGGCCAAGUCCGCUUUGUAGCGGCUGAAGAAUUUAAUAAAUUAUUCUGUGGUGCAGUGGUUACAGUGAAUGCAGCUGUUGUUGGAAGUUUAACAGAAGCUGCUCAGGGUUUGGAUGGUUUAUUUUCUAAACACAUGUUUCUUCUGGCCAUCAUUCCAUUGUCCACAGAGCCACCUUCAGCUGAAAGAGGGCAUUACUCUGCUCUGCAGGACAACGCAGAUCUUUUUAUGUCUCUCUGCAUCACUAAAUCUUUCUUAAGAGCCAUUCUUGGGCAGAUUGCCGCGCUGUGAUGUCUCACACACGGGCUCCUGAUGUCACUCAGUUGCUGUAACAUUGCUGUACAACUGAGCUCCUGGUGUAGAGAUGAUAGGAGACUUGGUCACUCGGUCGGCUACAGACGGUAACAUGUUGUGAGUGAUUGUUGAGAGGGUGUGACCAGCGCCAGGGAGACUCUGUUACUCCGGAUUCUGGGAGUGAUGAUGGUUUACCUCAAUGAGGUAUCAGUUCAAUCUUACCACCUGGGUUUGAUUGGAACGUUAUUCCAUUUCACAGAGGACUGAAUAAAAAUAUUUUUCCUA